UACAAGGAGACAUCACUAGCCCAGCUGAUCAUUGUUUACAUUUUUUUAAAUAUACAUGUAUACAGGCUUAAACCGUACAGUUGUCAAAUUUCAUAUAAAAAAAAUUGACAAUCGUGCGGUUGCUCUCAAAUGCUAGUAUCUUGUUAAGUAUACCGUGCCUACUACAUUCAGAACAAAAAAAAAUAAAUUUUAAAACAAAGUAAUAUUAAAAUGGAAAUUUUCUAUAAUAUCUGUAGGUCAUGUAAUAUAGAAAAAUUAAAACUAGUAAAUAUACACAACAGUAAACAGACAUCUAUAAUGGAAAUGUUAGAAUAUUGUUUACAGAAAACUAUAACAAAUGAACCGAAUUUUCCCCAAUUUAUAUGCUAUGACUGCAUUAAACAAUUAGAAAUUUCGUAUCGAUUUAUAAAAAGAUUUCAUUUAUCAGAAAGGGAGUUUGAAGAAACAUACGAACGUCUACAGAAAAUUGAUAUGAAAGCAAACAUUGAUAGUCCAAAAGAAGCUUCUAUUGAGGAGACACAUGAUGAGGAGGUCGAAGAAAAAUCUGUGCCUGUAGUACCUGAAGAUUCAAUUGAAACUGUAGAUAAAUUCAUAAAUAAUUCAUCCGACGUUUACUUGCCGUUGAAAGAGAAGAAACCAGUUCAGCGAUUAAGUGAUUUCACUGCUUCAACAAAUUCCCCAAAUAACGAGGUUCCAUCAGCGCACGUUACAUCCCCGGCUAUAAUAUGUUCCCUAUGCAGUAAAUUAUUCUUCACAUCCAAGGCUUUGCAUUUACAUUUAAAACUUAGUCACAAACAAAAAACAGCUAAUUCUUAAUGGACACAAUAAGCAUUUUAUAACAUAUUAUAAACAUUCGAUUUAAUUUUUUAUAUUUAAUAAAUUUUACUAUAUUUUUUAAACACCUA